UGGCGGAGCUGCCCCGUUGUCCCCGCAGAGCCCGAGCACGAGCUGUUCCUGGUGUACGGCAAGGGGCGUCCCGGCAUCAUCCGCGGGAUGGACAUGGGGGCCAAGGUGCCGGACGAGCACAUGAUCCCCAUCGAGAACCUGAUGAACCCGCGGGCGCUGGACUUCCACGCCGAGACCGGCUUCAUCUAUUUCGCCGACACCACCAGCUACCUCAUCGGGAGGCAGAAGAUCGACGGCACGGAGCGCGAGACCAUCCUGAAGGACGGCAUCCACAACGUGGAAGGGAUCGCCGUGGACUGGAUGGGGAACAACCUGUACUGGACCGACGACGGCCCCAAGAAAACCAUCAGCGUGGCGCGGCUGGAGAAGGCGGCCCAGACGCGGAAGACGCUGAUCGAGGGGAAGAUGACGCAUCCCCGAGCGAUCGUGGUGGACCCCCUCAAUGGGUGGAUGUACUGGACGGACUGGGAGGAGGACCCGAAGGACAGCAAGAGGGGCAAGAUCGAGCGGGCCUGGAUGGACGGCUCCAACCGCAACGUCUUCAUCACCUCCAAGACCGUCCUGUGGCCCAACGGGCUCAGCCUGGACAUCCCGGCCAAGAUCCUCUACUGGGUGGAUGCUUUCUACGACCGCAUCGAGAUGGUUUACCUCAACGGCACCGAGCGGAAGAUCGUGUACGAGGGCCCGGAGCUGAACCACGCUUUCGGGCUGUGCCACUACAGCAGCUUCCUCUUCUGGACCGAGUACCGCAGCGGCAGCAUCUACCGCCUGGACCAGGCCUCCAAGGUGGUCAGCCUGCUGCGCAACGAGCGCCCGCCCAUCUUCGAGAUCCGCAUGUACGACGCCCAGCAGCAGCAAGUGGGCUCCAACAAGUGCCGUGUCAACAACGGCGGCUGCAGCAGCCUGUGCCUGGCCACGCCGCGGGGCCGGCAGUGCGCCUGCGCCGAGGACCAGAUCCUGGGAGCGGAUUCCGUCACCUGCCAGGCCAACCCCUCCUACAUCCCCCCUCCCCAGUGCCAGCCCGGGGAGUUCGCCUGCAAGAACAACCGCUGCAUCCAGGAGCGCUGGAAGUGCGACGGGGACAACGACUGCCUGGACAACAGCGACGAGGCGCCCGAGCUGUGCCACCAGCACACCUGUCCCUCGGACCGCUUCAAGUGCAAGAACAACCGCUGCAUCCCCAACCGCUGGCUCUGCGACGGCGACAACGACUGCGGGAACAACGAGGACGAGUCCAACUCCACCUGCUCGGCUCGGACCUGCUCCCCCAACCAGUUCUCCUGCGCCAGCGGGCGCUGCAUCCCCAUCUCCUGGACGUGCGACCUGGACGACGACUGCGGGGACCGCUCGGAUGAGUCCGCGUCGUGCGCGUACCCCACCUGCUUCCCCUUGACGCAGUUCACCUGCAACAACGGCCGCUGCAUCAACAUCAACUGGCGCUGCGACAACGACAACGACUGCGGGGACUACAGCGACGAGACUCACGCCAACUGCACCAACCAGGCCACGCGCCCGCCCGGGGGCUGCCACACCGACGAGUUCCAGUGCCGCCUGGACGGGCUCUGCAUCCCCAUGCGCUGGCGCUGCGACGGCGACACCGACUGCAUGGACUCCAGCGACGAGAAGAACUGCGAGGGGGUGACCCACGUCUGCGACCCCAACGUCAAAUUCGGCUGCAAGGACUCGGCGCGCUGCAUCAGCAAAGCGUGGGUCUGUGACGGGGACAGCGACUGCGAGGACAACUCGGACGAGGAGAACUGCGAGUCCCUGGUGUGCAAACCGCCCUCGCACACCUGCGCCAACAACACCUCCAUCUGCCUGCCCCCCGAGAAGCUCUGCGAUGGGGCCGACGACUGCGGGGACGGCUCCGACGAGGGCGAGCUGUGCGAUCAGUGCUCCCUGAACAACGGCGGCUGCAGCCACAACUGCACCGUGGCCCCCGGGGAGGGCAUCGUGUGCUCCUGUCCCCUGGGCAUGGAGCUGGGAGGGGACAACAAGACCUGCCAGAUCCAGAGCUACUGCGCCAAGCACCUCAAGUGCAGCCAGAAGUGCGAGCAGGACAAGUACAACGUCAAGUGCUCGUGCUACGAGGGCUGGAUGCUGGAGCCCGACGGCGAGAGCUGCCGCAGCCUCGACCCCUUCAAACCCUUCAUCAUCUUCUCCAACCGCCACGAGAUCCGCCGCAUCGACCUGCACCGCGGCGACUACAGCGUCCUGGUGCCCGGGCUGCGCAACACCAUCGCGCUGGACUUCCACCUCAACCAGAGCUCGCUGUACUGGACCGACGUGGUGGAGGACAAGAUCUACAGGGGCAAGCUGCUGGAGAACGGGGCUCUGACCAGCUUCGAGGUGGUGAUCCAGUACGGGCUGGCCACCCCCGAGGGCCUGGCGGUGGAUUGGAUCGCCGGCAACAUCUACUGGGUGGAGAGCAACCUGGAUCAGAUCGAGGUGGCCAAACUGGACGGCACCAUGCGCACCACGCUGCUGGCGGGGGACAUCGAGCACCCCCGGGCCAUCGCCCUGGACCCCCGCUACGGGAUCCUCUUCUGGACGGACUGGGACGCCAGCCUGCCCCGCAUCGAGGCCGCCUCCAUGAGCGGCGCGGGCCGGCGCACCAUCCACAAGGAGACGGGCUCGGGGGGGUGGCCCAACGGGCUCACCGUCGACUACCUGGAGAAGCGCAUCCUCUGGAUCGACGCCAGGUCGGACGCCAUCUACUCGGCCCUGUACGACGGCACGGGGCACAUCGAGGUGCUGCGGGGCCACGAGUACCUCUCGCACCCCUUCGCCGUCACCCUGUACGGGGGGGAGGUGUACUGGACCGACUGGCGCACCAACACGUUGGCCAAGGCCAACAAGUGGACGGGGCACAACGUGACGGUGGUGCAGAGGACCAACACGCAGCCCUUCGACCUGCAGGUGUACCACCCCUCGCGGCAGCCCCUGGCGCCCAACCCCUGCGAAGCCAACGGAGGCAAAGGGCCGUGCUCCCACCUCUGCCUCAUCAACUACAACCGCACGCUGUCCUGCGCCUGCCCCCACCUCAUGAAGCUGGACAAGGACAACACCACGUGCUACGAGUUUAAGAAGUUCCUGCUGUACGCGCGGCAGAUGGAGAUCAGGGGCGUGGACAUCGACAACCCCUACUACAACUACAUCAUCUCCUUCACCGUGCCCGACAUCGACAACGUCACCGUGGUGGACUACGACGCCGUGGAGCAGCGCAUCUAUUGGUCCGACGUGCGCACGCAGACCAUCAAGAGAGCCUUCAUCAACGGCACCGGCGUGGAGACCGUCGUGUCUGCGGACCUGCCCAACGCUCACGGCCUCUCUGUGGAUUGGGUUUCCAGAAACCUCUUCUGGACCAGCUACGACACCAACAAGAAGCAGAUCAACGUGGCGCGGCUGGACGGCUCCUUCAAGAACGCCGUGAUCCAGGGGCUGGACAAACCCCACUGCCUGGUGGUGCACCCCCUCCAUGGGAAGCUCUACUGGACGGAUGGGGACAACAUCAGCGUGGCCAACAUGGACGGCAGCAACCGCACGCUCCUCUUCACCAACCAGAAGGGCCCCGUCGGCCUGGCCAUUGAUUACCCCGAGAGCAAGCUGUACUGGAUCAGCUCCGGCAACGGCACCAUCAACAGAUGCAACCUGGACGGCAGCGACCUGGAGGUGAUCGUGGCGGUGAAGAGCCAGCUGAGCAAGGCGACCGCGCUGGCCAUCAUGGGGGACAAGCUGUGGUGGGCCGACCAGGCCUCGGAGAGGAUGGGGACCUGCAACAAGAAGGACGGGACGGAGGUGACGGUGCUGCGCAACAGCACCACGUUGGUGAUGCACAUGAAGGUGUACGACGAGAGCAUCCAGCAGGCCGGGAGCAACCCCUGCAGCGUGAACAACGGCGACUGCUCGCAGUUGUGCCUGCCCACCUCGGAGACCUCGCGCUCCUGCAUGUGCACCGCUGGCUACAGCCUGAAGAGCGGGCAGCAGUCCUGCGAAGGCGUCGGCUCCUUCCUCCUCUACUCGGUGCACGAGGGGAUCCGUGGCAUUCCCUUGGACCCCAACGACAAAUCGGACGCCCUGGUGCCGGUGUCGGGGACCUCCCUGGCUGUGGGGAUCGACUUCCACGCAGAGAACGACACCAUCUAUUGGGUGGACAUGGGGCUGAGCACCAUCAGCCGCGCCAAGCGGGACCAGACGUGGCGCGAGGACGUGGUCACCAACGGCAUCGGGCGCGUGGAGGGCAUCGCCGUGGAUUGGAUCGCGGGAAACAUCUACUGGACGGACCAGGGCUUCGAUGUCAUCGAGGUGGCCAGGCUGAACGGGUCCUUCCGCUACGUGGUCAUCUCGCAGGGGCUGGACAAACCGCGGGCCAUCACCGUGCACCCGGAGAAGGGGUACCUGUUCUGGACGGAGUGGGGACAGUACCCCCGCAUCGAGCGGUCGCGCCUGGAUGGCACCGAGCGGAUGGUGCUGGUGAACGUCAGCAUCAGUUGGCCCAACGGGAUAUCUGUGGACUAUGAGGAUGGGAAGCUGUACUGGUGCGACGCGCGGACGGACAAGAUUGAGCGGAUCGACCUGGAGACGGGCGAGAACCGUGAGGUGGUGCUGUCCAGCAACAACAUGGACAUGUUCUCUGUGUCGGUCUUCGAGGACUACAUUUACUGGAGCGACAGGACUCACGCCAACGGCUCCAUCAAGAGAGGCAGCAAGGACAACGCGACCGAGUCGGUGUCCCUGCGGACGGGCAUCGGCGUGCAGCUCAAGGACAUCAAAGUCUUCAACCGCGCGCGGCAGAAGGGCACCAACGUCUGCGCUCAGAACAACGGCGGCUGCCAGCAGCUGUGCCUGUUCCGUGGCGGCGGGCAGCGGACGUGCGCCUGCGCCCAUGGCAUGCUGUCCGAGGACGGCGUCAGCUGCCGCGACUACGACGGCUACCUGCUGUACUCGGAGCGCACCAUCCUCAAGAGCAUCCACCUGUCGGACGAGAACAACCUCAACGCUCCCAUCAAACCCUUCGAGGACGCCGAGCACAUGAAGAACGUCAUCGCCUUGGCCUUCGACUACCGCUACGGCUCCAAGGGCAGCAACCGCAUCUUCUACAGCGACAUCCACUUCGGCAACAUCCAGCAGAUCAACGACGACGGCACGGGCCGCAAGACCAUCGUGGAGAACGUGGGCUCGGUGGAGGGGCUGGCGUACCACCGCGGCUGGGACACGCUGUACUGGACGAGCUACACCACCUCCACCAUCACCCGCCACACCGUGGACCAGAGCCGCCUGGGGGCCUUCGAGAGGGAAACGGUGAUCACCAUGUCGGGGGACGACCACCCGCGCGCCUUCGUGCUCGAUGAGUGCCAGAACCUGAUGUUCUGGACCAACUGGAACGAGCAGCACCCCAGCAUCAUGCGUGCCACCCUGUCCGGUGCCAACGUCCUCAUCAUCAUCGACCAGGACAUCCGCACGCCCAACGGUUUGGCCAUCGACCACAGGGCUGAGAAGAUUUACUUCUCCGACGCAACGCUGGACAAGAUCGAGCGCUGCGAAUACGAUGGGUCCCAUCGCCACGUGAUCCUGAAAUCGGAGCCCGUGCACCCCUUUGGCCUGGCUGUCUAUGGGGAUUACAUCUUCUGGACGGACUGGGUGCGCCGCGCCGUGCAGCGAGCCAACAAGUACGUGGGCACCGACAUGAAGCUGCUGCGCGUCGACAUCCCCCAGCAGCCCAUGGGCAUCAUCGCCGUGGCCAACGACACCGACAGCUGUGAGCUGUCCCCGUGCAGGGUGAACAACGGCGGCUGCCAGGACCUCUGCCUGCUCACGCCCAAGGGACACGUCAACUGCUCCUGCCGCGGCGAGCGCGUGCUGCAGGAGGAUUUCACCUGCAAAGCUCUGAACUCCACCUGCAACGUGCACGACGAGUUCGAGUGCGGCAACGGCGACUGCAUCGACUUCAGCCGGACCUGCGACGGCGUGGUGCACUGCAAGGACAAGUCGGACGAGAAGCAGUCCUACUGCAGCAGCCGCAAGUGCAAGAAGGGUUUCCUGCACUGCAUGAACGGGCGCUGCGUCGCCAGCCGCUUCUGGUGCAACGGCGUGGACGACUGCGGGGACAACUCGGACGAAGUGCCGUGCAACAAAACCAGCUGUGCCGCCACCGAGUUCCGCUGCCGUGAUGGGAGCUGCAUCGGGAACUCGAGCCGCUGCAACCAGUUCAUCGACUGCGAGGACGCUUCGGACGAGAUGAAUUGCACCGCCACCGACUGCAGCAGCUACUUCAAGCUGGGGGUGAAGGGCACCACGUUCCAGAAGUGCGAGCACACGUCCCUGUGCUACGCUCCCAGCUGGGUGUGCGACGGGGCCAACGACUGCGGCGAUUACUCGGACGAGCGCAACUGCCCCGGCGGGAGGAAGCCCAAGUGCCCGGCCAACUACUUCGCCUGCCCCAGCGGGCGCUGCAUCCCCAUGACGUGGACCUGCGACAAAGAGGACGACUGCGAGAACGGAGAAGAUGAGACGCACUGCAACAAGUUCUGCUACCCCGUGCAGUUCGAGUGCAACAACCACCGCUGCAUCUCCAAGCUGUGGGUGUGCGACGGCGCCGACGACUGCGGGGACGGCUCCGACGAGGACAGCCGCUGCCGGCUGACCACGUGCAGCACGGGGUCCUUCCAGUGCCCGGGCACCUACGUCUGCGUCCCGGAGCGCUGGCUCUGUGAUGGGGACAAGGACUGCGCGGAUGGGGCCGACGAGACCCUCGCUGCUGGCUGCAGUACCCGACCUGCGGCCCCCACGAGUUCCGCUGCGCCAACGGCCGCUGCCUCAGCAACAGCCAGUGGGAAUGCGACGGCGAGUUCGACUGCCACGACCACUCGGACGAGGCGCCCAAGAACCCGCGCUGCAGCAGCCCAGAGAGCAAGUGCAACGAUUCCUUCUUCAUGUGCAAGAAUGGGAAGUGCAUCCCGGAGGCGCUGCUGUGCGACAACAACAAUGACUGCGCCGAUGGCUCCGACGAGCUCAACUGCUUCAUCAACGAGUGCCUCAACAAGAAGCUGAGCGGCUGCUCCCAGGAGUGCGAGGACCUCAAGAUCGGGUACAAGUGCAGAUGCCGUCCCGGCUUCCGGCUGAAGGACGACGGCAAGACGUGCAUCGACAUCGACGAGUGCUCCACCACCUACCCCUGCAGCCAGAAGUGCAUCAACACCCUGGGGAGCUACAAGUGCCUGUGCAUAGAGGGCUACAAGCUCAAACCCGACAACCCCACCAGCUGUAAGGCUGUCACAGAGGAAGAGCCCUUCCUCAUCUUUGCCAACCGGUAUUACCUGCGGAAGCUCAACCUGGACGGCUCCAACUACACUCUGCUCAAGCAGGGCCUGAACAACGCCGUGGCUCUGGAUUUUGACUACCGGGAGCAGAUGAUCUAUUGGACAGACGUCACCACGCAGGGCAGCAUGAUCCGCCGCAUGCACAUCAACGGCAGCAACGUUCAGGUUCUGCACCGCACCGGGCUCAGCAACCCCGACGGGCUGGCGGUGGAUUGGGUGGGGGGCAACCUGUACUGGUGUGACAAAGGCCGGGACACUAUCGAAGUGUCGAAGCUGAACGGAGCGUACCGCACCGUGCUGGUGAACUCGGGGCUGCGCGAGCCCCGGGCGCUGGUGGUGGACGUGCAGAACGGUUACCUGUACUGGACAGACUGGGGAGACCACUCGCUGAUCGGGAAGAUCGGCAUGGACGGCACCAACCGCAGCGUCAUCGUCGACACCAAGAUAACGUGGCCCAACGGCCUCACGCUCGACUACAUCAACAGCCGCAUCUACUGGGCGGACGCGCGGGAGGACUACAUUGAGUUCGCCAGCCUGGACGGCUCCAACAGGCACACGGUGCUGAGCCAGGACAUCCCGCACAUCUUUGCGCUCACCCUCUUCGAGGAUUACAUUUACUGGACCGACUGGGAGACCAAGUCCAUCAACCGAGCCCACAAGACCACGGGUGCCAACAAGACGCUGCUGAUCAGCACGCUGCACCGCCCCAUGGACAUCCACAUCUACCACCCGUACCGCCAGCCCGACGUUCCCAACCACCCCUGCAAGACCAACAACGCCGGCUGCAGCAACCUCUGCCUCCUGUCGCCGGGCGGGGGGCACAAGUGCGCGUGUCCCACCAACUUCUACUUGGGCAGCGACGGCAAGACCUGUGUCUCCAACUGCACGGCCAGCCAGUUCGUCUGCAAGAAUGACAAGUGCAUCCCUUUCUGGUGGAAAUGCGACACCGAGGACGACUGCGGGGACCGUUCGGAUGAGCCCGAGGACUGCCCUGAGUUCAAGUGCAGGCCAGGGCAGUUCCAGUGCUCUACCGGGAUCUGCACCAACCCGGCCUUCAUCUGUGACGGAGACAACGACUGCCAGGACAACUCGGACGAGGCCAACUGUGAUAUCCACGUGUGCCUGCCCAGUCAGUUCAAGUGCACCAACACCAACCGCUGCAUCCCCGGCAUCUUCCGCUGCAACGGUCAGGACAACUGCGGGGACGGCGAGGACGAGAAGGACUGCCCGGAGGUGACGUGUGCCCCCAACCAGUUCCAAUGCGCCAUCACCAAGCGCUGCAUCCCCCGCGUCUGGGUGUGCGACCGCGACAACGACUGCGUGGACGGCUCCGACGAACCCGCCAACUGCACACAAAUGACGUGCGGCGUGGACGAGUUCCGCUGCAAGGACUCGGGCAGGUGCAUCCCAGCGCGCUGGAAGUGCGAUGGGGAGGACGACUGCGGGGAUGGGUCCGACGAACCCAAGGAGGAAUGCGACGAGCGCACCUGCGAGCCCUACCAGUUCCGCUGCAAGAACAACCGCUGCGUGCCGGGCCGCUGGCAGUGCGACUAUGACAACGACUGCGGGGACAACUCGGACGAGGAGAGCUGCACACCCCGGCCCUGCUCGGAAAGCGAGUUCUCAUGUGCCAAUGGCCGCUGCAUCGCCGGUAGAUGGAAGUGCGAUGGGGACCACGACUGCGCGGAUGGCUCUGAUGAGAAAGACUGCACGCCGCGCUGUGAGUUUGACCAGUUCCAGUGCAAGAACGGGCACUGCAUCCCCAUGCGCUGGCGCUGCGAUGCCGAUGCCGACUGCAUGGACGGCACUGACGAGGAAGACUGCGGCACCGGAGUGCGUACCUGCCCCCUGGACGAGUUCCAGUGCAACAACACGCUGUGCAAGCCACUGGCCUGGAAAUGUGAUGGAGAGGACGACUGUGGGGACAACUCGGACGAAAAUCCCGAGGAGUGCUUGAAAUUCCAGUGUCCCCCCAACAGACCAUUCCGCUGCAAGAACGACCGGGUAUGUCUGUGGAUUGGUCGACAGUGCGAUGGCAUUGACAACUGUGGAGACAACACCGAUGAGAAGGACUGCGAGUCCCCCACGGCCAAGCCCAGGAGCUGCAGCCAGGACAAGAACGAGUUCCUGUGUGAGAACAAGAAGUGCAUCAGUGCCAACCUCCGCUGCAACUUCUUCGAUGACUGUGGGGACGGCUCUGAUGAGAAGUCCUGCUCUCAUGAGCACAAGUCGUAUGACUGCAUGACCAACACCACCAUGUGUGGAGAUGAGGCUCAGUGCAUCCAGGCGCAGUCCUCCACGUACUGCACGUGCCGCAGAGGCUUCCAGAAGGUGCCGGACAAGAAUUCCUGUCAAGAUGUCAACGAGUGCCUGCGCUUCGGGACCUGCUCCCAGAUCUGCAACAACACCAAGGGCUCCCACGUCUGCAGCUGCGCCAAGAACUUCAUGAAGACAGACAACAUGUGCAAGGCGGAAGGCUCGGAGCACCAGAUCCUCUAUAUCGCGGACGACAACAAGAUCCGGAGCAUGUACCCCUUCAACCCCAACUCGGCCUACGAGCCGGCCUUCCAGGGCGACGAGAACGUGCGCAUCGACGCCAUGGACAUCUACGUCAAGGGCAACAAGAUCUACUGGACCAACUGGCACACGGGCAGGAUCUCGUACUGCGAGCUGCCCGCCUCCUCGGCUGCCUCCACCGCCUCCAACCGCAACCGGCGCCAGAUCGACGGCGGCGUCACCCACCUGAACAUCUCCGGGCUGAAGAUGCCGCGGGGUAUCGCCGUUGACUGGGUCGCUGGGAACAUCUACUGGACAGACUCCGGGCGGGAUGUCAUUGAGGUGGCGCAGAUGAAAGGCGAGAAUCGCAAGACGCUGAUCUCGGGCAUGAUUGAUGAGCCGCAUGCCAUUGUGGUUGAUCCGCUUAGGGGGACUAUGUACUGGUCAGACUGGGGCAAUCACCCCAAGAUUGAGACGGCCGCAAUGGAUGGGACGCUGCGCGAGACCCUGGUGCAAGACAACAUCCAGUGGCCAACAGGCCUGGCCGUGGACUACCACAACGAGCGGCUGUACUGGGCUGACGCCAAGCUCUCCGUCAUCGGCAGCAUCCGCCUCAACGGCACCGACCCUGUUGUGGCCAUCGACAACAAGAAGGGGCUGAGCCAUCCUUUCAGCAUCGACAUCUUUGAGGACUACAUCUACGGCGUCACCUACAUCAACAACCGCAUCUUCAAGAUCCACAAAUUCGGGCACAAGUCUGUCACCAGCCUGACGUCCGGCCUCAACCACGCCACCGACGUGGUGCUCUACCACCAGUACAAGCAGCCAGAGGUGACCAACCCUUGUGACCGCAAGAAGUGCGAGUGGCUCUGUCUGCUGAGCCCCAGCGGCCCCGUCUGCACCUGCCCCAACGGCAAGCGCCUGGACAACGGCACCUGCGUGCUCAUCCCCUCGCCCACUGCCUCCGCCGUCGUGCCCACCACCGACACCUGCGACCUGGUGUGCCUGAACGGGGGCAGCUGCUUCCUGAACGCCCGCAAGCAAGCCAAGUGCCGCUGCCAGCCCCGCUACAACGGGGAGAAGUGCCAGAUCAACCAGUGCUCCGACUACUGCCAGAACGGGGGCCUGUGCACCGCCUCCCCCUCCGGCAUGCCGACCUGCCGCUGCCCCACUGGCUUCACGGGGUCCCGCUGCGACCAGCAAGUGUGCACCAAUUAUUGCCAGAACAACGGCAGCUGCACGGUGAACCAGGGCAACCAGCCCAACUGCCGCUGCCCUCCCACCUUCAUCGGGGACCGCUGCCAGUACCAGCAAUGCUUCAACUACUGCGAGAACAACGGCGUGUGCCAGAUGACCAAGGACGGCGUCAAGCAGUGCCGCUGCCCGCCGCAGUUCGAGGGCGCCCAGUGCCAGGACAACAAAUGCUCGCGGUGCCAGGAGGGCAAGUGCAACAUCAACAGGCAGAGCGGAGAGGUGUCCUGCAU